CCCAAUUUUUGCUUCUUGUUUCGAAUUUCGCAACAAUCUUGGAGCCAAAGCUCCCUAAGUUUUUUUUAAAUCGAAUUUAAUAUUCUUUUUUAUUUAAUUUUCUAGAAAAUAAUUAAUAAAAAUAUACUUUAGUUUUACUACUUUACAGACAACAUACUAAUAUAUCCCCUCUAAACAUAUACGCUAUAUAUCUCUAAUUUCAUCUGUAUAUCUCUGAAAUUUGUUUUCCGUGACUCAUAAAUUUUCGAUACAUCCGAUUCCCAUCAAUUUUAGAAGCUUCAACUUUCUAUUUUAAUUUAAUUUUGUUGAAAUAUUCUUUUCACCGAUUAUAGAAUUAUUCUGAUUUUUGCUUUUGUCUGGUCUCGAUCUUUGAGAUUAUAAGUACAAUUGGAAAAAAAAAAAAUUGUCAAUGUUAUUGGAUAACUGAUUGAUUUGUUGAAGCGGUGAGUUUUUGGAGCAAUUGAUGCACUGAGAGAUUCGCAUAAUUGGGGAUUUUGGUUUUGACGGAUUUGUUGUUUCAAUUUAGGGUUUUGGAGAUUUGGGAAUGGGUGAGGAGGAUUUUCUAACGUACAACUUCGCAAGCUACGAGUACAACUCCAGGUAACGCGAGAAAGAUGAUGGUGAAACGUAGGGUUAAAGUGAAAAUGCCGAAACUCAAUCGAUGCAAAGCUGAGGAAAUUGCCGAGGAAUUGAAUAGUAGUGAGCUAUUUACAGUGCCUAUAAAGGAGUUAGAAGAUUAUCGUACUAGUUUAGUAGAUUCAUUUUGUAGAGAAGCAUUGAGCUUGGAAAAAGCUUUUGAGGUUCAUAGUAAUAGUAAUAAUAACAAGCCUCCAUUAUUGAAGUCUUCUCGUGGUCGAAUUCAAGUGCUUCCUUCAAAGUUUAAUGAUUCUGUUGUUUUGCCUUCAUGGAAGAAAGAACAAGAACAAGAGUUGCACGACGAAAGGGGAGUAGUUUUGCCUCAUAAGAAAAGGUUCAAGCUUGAUGAGUCGUCGUCGUCGUCUAAUGUAGUAGAUAUGCAUUUAUUUAAGAAUCAACUUAUUCAUAUGCCUAGUUCGGAGUUUUCUUACAUGGGAAGUAGUAAAGAUUGUUCUAGAAGUUGUGUGACGUCGUUAGGUGAAGGUAGUUCUUUGGAGAGUGGUGAGUGUGAACUGAGGGCGAAGAGGGGCUAUAUGAAGGAGGUUGGAAAGAAGAAGGAUUUCUUUGAGCCAGCAGAUUUUGUUUCGGGAGAUAUAGUGUGGGCGAAAUGCGGGAAGUGUUUUCCUUCCUGGCCUGCUGUGGUGAUUGACCCGUUAUGGCAAGCACCUGAGGCUGUUUUAAGGGCUUGUAUUCCAGGCACGAUCUGUGUCAUGUUUUAUGGCUACUCCAGAAGUGGCCUAAGGGAUUAUGGGUGGGUCAAAGCUGGAAUGAUCUUCCCUUUCCAAGAGUAUAUGGACAGAUUUCAGGGGCAGACUAAAUUGUAUGGCAGCAAACCAAGUGAUUUUCAAAUGGCAAUAGAAGAGGCAAUUCUAGCUGAACAUGGCUACACAAAUCAAGCCCCUGAGACGGAACAAGAGACACCUCCGGCAACUAAUGACAGUGGAGUUGAAGAGGCUACUGGAUCAAAUCAGGAGCUGGAAUUCUGUUUCCCUGACCAGCAGGAUGGAUAUGAUAAGAGGAAAGACACUCGACCAUGCGACAGUUGUGGUUUGAUUGUUCCAUUCCGAACCAUGAAGAAAGUUAAAGAUACAAUGUGCAAGGCUCAGUUUUUCUGCAGGCAUUGUACUAAGUUGAGGAAAUCAAAGCAAUAUUGUGGCAUAUGCAAGAAAAUUUGGCAUCAUUCAGAUGGUGGGAGCUGGGUGUGUUGCGAUGGUUGUGAUGUUUGGGUGCAUGCGGAAUGUGCAGAUAUUUCCAGCAACACUUUAAAGAAAUUACAGAACACUGAUUACUUUUGCCCUGAGUGCAAAGCAAAUUUUAACAAAAAAUUGUUGGUCUCAGAACAGUGGGGACCAAAAGCGAGUGUUUCAAACAGAUUAAUAAAGAGCAGUGGAAGUGUGAUGCCCAACAUGAUUACUGUUGAGUGUACUGGAGUCGAAGGGAUUUAUUAUCCAGAUAUUCACCUAGUUCAGUGCAAGUGUGGUUCUUGCGGAACAAAGAAGCAAACACUUAGUGAGUGGGAGAAACAUACUGGUUGCAGAGCAAAGAAAUGGAAGUGCAGCGUGAAAUUAAAGGGCUCAACGAUUACACUUGACCAAUGGCUUUCGGACAGUAAUGGUUAUAAUGUUAGCUAUCAGAACUUAAAUCAGAAGCAGCUGUUUGCAUUUUUAAGAGAGAAGUAUGAACCUGUUCAUGCAAAGUGGACUACAGAGAGAUGUGCUAUAUGUAGAUGGGUUGAGGAUUGGGACUACAAUAAAAUAAUCAUAUGCAAUAGGUGUCAAAUAGCCGUCCAUCAAGAAUGCUAUGGAGUAAGCAAUGCUCAGGAUUUUGCUUCAUGGGUCUGUCGAGCAUGUGAAACCCCUGAAAUUGAAAGAGAAUGUUGUCUUUGCCCAGUCAAAGGUGGUGCGUUAAAGCCAACUGAUGUUGACUCCUUGUGGGUUCACGUUACAUGUGCAUGGUUUCGGCCUGAAGUUGCUUUCCAUAAUGCUGAUAAAAUGGAGCCGGCUGCUGGGCUUCUUAGAAUUCCUCCGAACACUUUCCUAAAGGCAUGUGUGAUCUGCAAACAAGUUCACGGAUCUUGCACUCAUUGUUGCAAAUGUGCCACCAGCUUUCAUGCUAUGUGUGCUUUGAGAGCUGGAUAUCAUAUGGAAUUGAACUGCUCAGAGAAGAAUGGGAUACAGAUAACAAGCUGGUUAUCAUAUUGUGCCUUUCAUAGGGCUCCAGACACAGACAAUGUCCUGGUCAUGCGGACUCCGUUUGGAGUGUUUUCUACGAAAAGUUUGGUAGAAAGACAAAGUCAAGAACAUUGUUCGGGAGGCAAAAGGCUCAUCUCAUCUAAGACUGUUGAACUCUCUGAUGCAUCUGAUGCUGGAACCACUAGCUUUGAUCCUCUCUCUGCUGCAAGGUGUCGAGUCUUUCAGAAAUCUAGCAAUAAGAGGGCUGGACAAGAGGCAGUUUUCCAUCGACUGAUGGGGCCAAGGCAACAUUCUUUAGAAGCAAUAGAUUGCUUAAGCUCACAAGAAUUGGCUAGAGAUGUGAAGGCUUUUUCAACACUCAAAGAGCGGCUGAUCCAUCUGCAGAUGCUGGAAAAUCGGAGAGUUUGUUUUGGUAAAUCUGGAAUACAUGGAUGGGGCCUCUUUGCACGGCGAAACAUUCAAGAAGGAGAAAUGGUCCUUGAGUAUCGCGGGGAGCAGGUGCGGCGUAGUGUUGCUGAUCUAAGAGAGGCACGCUAUCGGCUGGAGGGAAAAGAUUGUUAUCUGUUUAAGGUAAGCGAAGAGGUCGUGAUUGAUGCGACAAAUAAAGGGAAUAUUGCACGCUUAAUCAAUCAUUCGUGCAUGCCCAAUUGCUAUGCGAGGAUCAUGAGUCUGGGUGAAGAGGAGAGUCGGAUAGUCCUUAUAGCUAAAAGCAAUGUAUCUGCUGGUGAUGAGUUGACGUAUGAUUAUUUGUUUGAUCCGGAUGAGCAUGAUGAUCUUAAAGUGCCCUGCCUAUGUGGAGCUCCUAAUUGCAGGAAGUUUAUGAACUAGUGUAGCUGAUGUACAGGAUUUCUCGUACAGUGACAUGCUAACAUGAAUACAGCAAAUCUCUCUUUUUUUUUUUUUUUUUUUUUUUUUUGUGUGUGGGUUUUGUUUCGUAAUAGCAGCCAGCCAUUUUGUCACAUUCUCUCUCCAAUUGAAUUUUAAGUUGCAAAUAAAAUGUAUACACCAGCUAUUUAGCUGGCAUUUGACAGCUCUUCUCCUUCAUGUCAUGAAAGCUUCACCAAAGGGAAAAGGAAAAAUUGUUGAGUUUUGCAACAUGUAUUGAGUUUAUUUGGCAGAAGAGGGCUAAAGUGCCAUUGUACCUUUUGAAUCUCUAGCUCUAUAUUUCAGGUGACAUUUAUUCUUUUUGUCUCA